GUCACCAAACUCUUGCUGAACUUGACCACCGAAAUCUUGGAACGAGGAAAAUCCCAAGUGCUCACAAACUCGCAAGUCGCACGGUGUGAUCACGAUCACAGACACUUCAAAGUCAGGCAACCACGAAUUCUUCUUGCAUUCCAACCAUCCGAUCGAGCAACCGAGCAGCACCGAUUGAGCCCGCCAUGGCCGCCGACCUGCCGCUCUACCUGCUGCUCGCGUUCCUCCUCGCCAUUCCGCUCGUCCUCUUCUUCGCCGCCCAGCGCCCGGCGCCACGUGGCUCCGUCGACGCCCGGCGUCUCCCGCCGGGCCCGUGGGCGCUGCCGGUCAUCGGGCACCUGCACCACCUCGCCGGCGCGCUCCCGCACCGCGCCCUGCGCGGCCUCGCGCGCCGCCACGGCCCGCUCGUGGCGCUCCGCCUCGGCGAGCUCCCCGUCGCGGUGGCCUCGUCCCGGGACGCGGCCCGGGAGGUCAUGCGGACCCACGACGCGGCGUUCGCGUCGCGGCCGCUGAGCCCCAUGCAGGAGCUCGCGUACCGGGGCGCCGAGGGCGUCAUCUUCGCGCCCCACGGCGAGGGGUGGCGCCGGCUCCGCGGGAUCUGCGCAACGGAGCUCCUCAGCACCCGCCGCGUCCGGUCCUUCCGCCCAGUCCGCGAGGACGAGGCCGGCCGCCUGCUCCGCGCAGUCGCGGCGGCCGCCGCCGCGGGCGCGCCGGUGAACCUCAGCCAGCGGCUGGCGGCGUACGUCGCGGACGCCACUGUGCGCGCCAUCGUCGGCAGCCGGUUCGAGCGCCGCGACGCGUACCUGCGGAUGCUGCAGGAGGGGCUCAAGAUCGUGCCCGGGAUGACCCUGCCGGACCUCUUCCCGUCCUCGCGCCUCGCGCGGCUCGUCAGCCGCGCCCCCGGCCAGAUCGAGCGCCACCGCCGCGGCAUGCAGCAGUUCAUCGACAUCAUCAUCACGGAGCACCGGGAGAGCAGGGCGUCCGGCAAGGACAGCGACGACGAGGACUUGCUCGACGUGCUGCUGAGACUCCAAAAGGAGGUUGACUCCCAAUACCCGUUGACCACCGAGAACAUCAAGACCGUCAUGCUUGACAUGUUUGGCGCCGGCAGCGAAACGUCGGCGACGACCCUGCAGUGGGCGAUGGCAGAGCUCAUGACGAACCCAAGAGUGAUGCGGAAAGCCCAAGACGAGGUCCGGCGAGCUCUCGCCGGCCACGGCAAGGUGACCGAGGACAAGCUAGCCAACCUACACUACCUCCCGCUUGUCAUCAAGGAGACGCUCCGGCUGCACCCGCCGGCGCCACUGCUGCUGCCGCGCAGAUGCGGGAGCCCUUGCCAGGUGCUCGGCUUCGACGUGCCGGAAGGAACCAUGGUGAUCGUGAACGCGUGGGCGAUCGGCAGGGACCCGGCGCACUGGGACGAGCCCGAGGAGUUCGUGCCGGAGAGGUUCGAGACGAGUGGGAGAGACUUUAGAGGGACGGACUUUGAGUUCAUACCGUUCGGCGCCGGGCGGCGGAUGUGCCCUGGAAUUGCGUUCGGGUUGGCGCACAUCGAGCUGGCCCUCGCGGCGCUGCUGUUCCACUUCGACUGGGAGUUGCCGGGAGGGAUGGCGGCUGAGGAGCUGGACAUGACCGAGAGCUUCGGGGUCACGACUCAGCUGCAGUCUGACCUUGUGGUUGUCGCGGUACCUAGUAUUCCGGUGCCCAAGCCGUAGAAUAAUAUGCACAUUAAAGAUAAUUUUAAAGUAUU